AUGGAUCAAUAUAUGAUCGCCGAGACCGAGUCUGAUAGCCUGGACAACUACCCUGUCGUAUGGGAUCGUUCUCAGGGUCGAGACUCUGAGGGUCAGUCCAGACCACGGGCAGAUUUUAACACCGCUACCUUCCUGGAAUACAGCAAAUGUUUCAUCCGUGAUAAGAAGGAAUUCAGUAUGAGCACUAGCGUCUUGGAAGGUUGCACUGUACUAGCUAUUAUCAGCCGCAGGGCCGUGUACGUCGCGCACUAUUGGGAGUCUAUCGCCUUUGCUCCAGAUGAAGAGGAUUUGGAACGCUGGCAAACGGCCGAGAGGAUUUUCGAGCUGUUCGUAGAAAAGGGACUCAGACAAGGUAUAGGUAAAGGAGACAAACCUCAACAGCACUCCUUGGCAAGAAACGCGCAAUACAUAGAUGACGAGUACAUUCAAGCGUACCUGCUGGUUCCUUCGGAUACCUGGAAUGAAAUUCCUGGGGGCUAUCCGCAGCAAUGGGCCAAGCUAAAAAACAUUGUAGGCGAUAUCCUACCGAGGCUGAAGAUUAAAGACGGGGAACAGAAUGGUAGGUGGCACGAGAUCCAGUAUGAACGAGUAGGGACACGGACGGAUCUUCUCGACACGCAUCGGGGAAGAUGUCUGUUCAAGUUCGACCCGCAACAUCCUAACACGGAGAGGGACAAGAAAGUGAAGAAGGCUAUGUUUUGGGUCGAAGACAACCCUGUCGCACAUCACAGCGACGAAUGGGAUUGA